AUGGGAGCAGAUGUUCAGACGGGGGCCUUGGAUACAGUCCUUCAUAAAUGGGCAUAUAUUCGAGGCCCUCAGUUGACAUAUCCCGAGUCUUAUCUUACAAUCUUCAAAAGCGUUGCUGAAAGACUCCCAGAUAUCAACGCACGAGCCAAAUAUGACGAAGACACCCCUCUCCAUAAAAUAGUUGCUGGACUGCACCAAGAGGAAGAGGUUGAAGGGGCUUGCGAUAUUCUAUUUGCCCUCGAUCAACCGCCGGAUAUCAAUGCCGUCAAUCGCAAGGGGUGGACUGCAAUGUACUAUUCGCUUCUUACAGAGCGGGACCCUUUCCGACAAGCAAUAUACCUGCUGAAUAAAGGCGCAAAUCUAACCACUUAUGCGAACGAUGGGAAGAACAUUUUCUUCCCUAUCACUUAUAACGUCGUCUUUAGCGAUCAGCAAAGCCAUGACCUCAUUCUCGAGCUUUUGACGCAUCUUGUACGGACCGAGGCCGGUUUGAAAGAUAAAAAAGAGGCUUAUGAGAAAUACUUCCGUCCAGCUCCAGCUAACAUUCUGGCCCUGUCAGAGGCUGCAAAGGCGGGCCGUGUGCAAACAAUGAAUCUACUUUUGGACUUGGGAUUUGAAAAAGACAUCAACAAGCUUGUGGAGACGGAUCCUCCGUUCACCGUAUUAGACCACGCACUCUUGAGCGCCGCUAGUAGGAGGUACGAUCAUAUGGAAGCGCUUGCAUCGUACACUUCUGGCGCAGCCCGGAAACGGGCGCGGGCUGCUGGCAACGUAUAUGGGAGAUCAAACGAGAGCCCGAGCCGUGCCGCCGAAGCGUAUGCAGGGUCCUAUAAAGUCUUGCACCUCUUGCGGUCUCGCGGAGCGAAGCGUGCGUGUGAACUCGAAUCACUAGCGAGUUCGAAACGGCUAGACCUUAGGCAUAUGUACCCAAAAUACUGGCUGCAUCCGGACGUCUGCGACGUGAUGCAUUUAUACUGGCUUGGAUUUCCACCAGAAACCCAGCCCAACAGAAAUGAUUGGGAUAUUCUGUACGAAUUAUCGCGGUACCCAGAGAAUUGGCGAGAUCAACUCGUUGACAUACUCCGUGAGUUGUAUGAGGAUGGGGUAUGGCGACCGGAUUUGAAGCUGCUGGAGCGCGCGGUAAAAGGAUCAAGCUCAGCAAAGGCCACUACCUUGGAAGUCCCGGACAAUGAAUUUCUUCAGAAGAUUGUCACGCUGUUGACAACCCUAGGGAAGACAGACCCCAGCACAGCCGCGUCAGAUGCGAAAGAUCAGGGAUCUGUAUGGAUUGAGGCCAGAGAGACAACCAGCUCCGGCCCUAAUGGCCUCCACCGCACGAUUCCUGGGUAUAAUUUAGAAGUAGAACUUCUGGGGACAAAGGGACUGGGUAAAACAAGAAGGGUUAAGGCAGAGGCGAUGUUUUGGGGCGCACAUAUCUAA